AUGGAGGCAGCAGACUGUAAAGUGUUUAAUACGUCUCCCACAGAGCCCACAGCUCAGAGCCCACAGCUCAGAGCCCACAGCUCAGAGCCCACAGCUCAGAGCCCACAGCACAGAGCCCACAGCUCAGAGCCCACAGCUCAGAGCCCACAGCUCAGAGCCCACAGCUCAGAGCCCACAGCUCAGAGCCCACAGCUCAGAGCCCACAGCACAGAGCCCACAGCUCAGAGCCCACAGCUCAGAGCCCACAGCUCAGAGCCCACAGCUCAGAGCCCACAGCACAGAGCCCACAGCUCAGAGCCCACAGCACAGAGCCCACAGCUCAGAGCCCACAGCUCAGAGCCCACAGCUCAGAGCCCACAGCUCAGAGCCCACAGCUCAGAGCCCACAGCACAGAGCCCACAGCACAGAGCCCACAGCUCAGAGCCCACAGCUCAGAGCCCACAGCUCAGAGCCCACAGCUCAGAGCCCACAGCUCAGAGCCCACAGCUCAGAGCCCACAGCACAGAGCCCACAGCACAGAGCCCACAGCUCAGAGCCCACAGCUCAGAGCCCACAGCACAGAGCCCACAGCUCAGAGCCCACAGCACAGAGCCCACAGCUCAGAGCCCACAGCUCAGAGCCCACAGCUCAGAGCCCACAGCUCAGAGCCCACAGCUCAGAGCCCACAGCACAGAGCCCACAGCACAGAGCCCACAGCUCAGAGCCCACAGCUCAGAGCCCACAGCUCAGAGCCCACAGCUCAGAGCCCACAGCUCAGAGCCCACAGCUCAGAGCCCACAGCUCAGAGCCCACAGCACAGAGCCCACAGCUCAGAGCCCACAGCUCAGAGCCCACAGCUCAGAGCCCACAGCACAGAGCCCACAGCUCAGAGCCCACAGCUCAGAGCCCACAGCUCAGAGCCCACAGCUCAGAGCCCACAGCUCAGACCCUCCAGUUGUCUGUGUCUGA